CAAUUUUCUGCCAAGAAAAUCACCGGAAACUGCGGCCCUUUUCCGGUCGACCUCCGUCCGGUGUGAACAUCCAAGGCCGUGACUAUGGUAUACGAACAUGUGCUAUCCUUAUCAACACUAAUUCCGAUACCGCACCCAAGCUAAAAAUACGAAACAUAAAAUAUCAUCUUCCUGCGCGGAAACUCUUUCGAACCUUGUGAUUAUGGACGACCACCCAGUGCGAAGCCCCCACUAUUCGCUCGCCAAACUUAAUCGUUCAAGUUCGUACGCACCAUCCACCAUUCCCGAUAUUGAAAAAGAUGCGGAGGAGAGAUGUCAGCAAGAGACUAUGACCGGUGAGUUCUAUGAGAAUGGUAUCCCCCUUGCUCGUACUGAGGAUGAUGAUGAAGCCGAAUCGAUUUCUGCCAUCACCGGUGCGCAGUUCGAUGAUCCCAACUUGGACCGGGACCAAAUGUUGGCGUUUGACGACGAAAGCCCCUACCCAGAGGUGCGAUCAGCUGUUGCCAAUACCGACGAUCCCGAUAUGCCUGUGGCGACUCUCCGAGCAUGGAUCAUUGGUCUGAUGUGGGCCAUCCUCAUACCCGGCGUCAACCAGUUCUUUUUCUUUCGCUAUCCGAACAUCGACGUCACGGGAAUUAUUGCACAACUUUUAUCGUUCCCUAUAGGUCAAGCUGCGGCUGCGUAUGUUCCUCGGUGGAAGGUAUUUGGAAUAUCAUUAAAUCCUUCACUUUUAAUGAAUUCACGCUUCCUAUCGCAGAUCAUGGCUUCGGUCGGUGCUGGAUCAGCGUAUGCCACUGACAUCAUUGCCGUUCAAAAAGUGUAUUAUAAUCAGCAGUACAACUUCAGCUAUCAAUGGUUUAUGGUCAUGUCAACACAACUCAUCGGAUAUGCCAUUGGUGGAGUGGCGCGACGAUUUCUGGUUUCUCCACCUUCGAUGAUAUGGCCAGCCAACCUCGUCAACUGCGCGUUAUUUAAUACACUACACUCACAACAGUAUGCCGGCAUCGGGAAUCGUGGAGGUAUCAGUCGAGAGCGGUUCUUCGUUUAUGCAUUCUUAGCGUCUUUUGCAUGGUUCCAAGCGCUUUCCUACUUUUCUUGGAUAACUUGGAUCAGACCGAAUGAUGUUGUCUUGGCUCAGCUGUUUGGCUACGUCCAUGGCCUGGGAAUGUCUGUAGUGACAUUUGAUUGGAGUCAAAUUGCAUACAUUGGGUCGCCCCUCGCUACACCCUGGUGGGCUGAAGCUAACAUAUUCUCAGGUUUCGUUUUCUUUUUCUGGAUUCUAACGCCCAUCCUCUACUUCACGAAUACAUGGCAUGCCAAGUACAUGCCGAUUUCUUCACGAUCCUCUUACGAUAAUCAGAUGCGAGAGUACAAUGUUACGCGAAUCCUCAGUCAAGACUCGACAUUCAACGCCGAUGCCUAUCACGAGUACAGUCCCCUUUUCAUAUCAACGACAUUCGCAAUUUCUUACGGCCUGUCGUUUGCCGCCAUAACUGCUACGAUAAUGCACGCGAUUCUAUUUUUCCGAAAACAAAUUUGGAUACAGUCUCGCCGUGCCUUGCACGAGCAGCCUGAUAUCCAUGCCCGUUUAAUGUCAAAGUAUAAACAAGUACCGGACUGGUGGUACCUUGGUAUUUUCCUUACGAUGUUCACCCUCGGUGUAAUCAGCAUCGAAGUAUGGCCCACAGAAAUGCCGGUCUGGGCGUUUCUUCUAGCGCUUGUUAUCGCUUUCACAUAUGUCAUUCCUGUGGGCAUGAUACAGGCUAUCACGAACCAACAAGUUGGACUGAAUGUUAUCACCGAGCUCGUCAUCGGAUAUGCUCGUCCCGGCCGUCCCGUCGCUAUGAUGAUGUUCAAGACGUGGGGUUACGUUACUAUGUCUCAAGCGCUAACAUUUACGUCCGACUUCAAGCUUGGACAUUAUAUGAAAAUCCCUCCGCGGUCAAUGUUUUGGGCCCAGGUCAUAGCAACCACUGUCGCUGGUACUGUACAGCUGGGUGUCCAGUCGUGGAUGUUCACGAACAUAGAGGGUAUGUGCUCUUCUGACCAGAAAGACGGUUUCAUAUGUCCGGGUACGGAGGUAUUUGGGACCGCAAGUAUUAUCUGGGGCGUCAUCGGCCCGGGGUUGCAGUUCUCGAAAGGACAAACGUAUUAUCCUUUGGUAUACUUCUUCCUAAUCGGGGCCAUCGCUCCCUUGGUCGUGUUUUUCUUGAGCAGGCGAUACCCGAAUAGCUGGUUGCGAUACGUCAAUCCCAUUAUCUUCAAUGGUACCGGAUAUAUACCACCCGCGACCGCUAUCAAUUACGUUCCUUGGGCCGCAGUGGGAAUGCUGUUCCAAUAUUAUAUUCGAAGACGAUGCUUCUCCUGGUGGACGAAAUACAAUUAUGUCUUAUCUGCGGCCCUUGACGCAGGGACGACCGUUUCGAUCCUCGUGAUAUUCUUUUGCCUGCAAUAUCCUAGGAACGGAACAAUCGGCUUGGAUACGGUACAAUCAUGGUGGGGAAAUAGCGUCCCUUUCGAAGGCGCGGAUUAUGGUCCAGGUGGGGUCGGCACACCAGUCAAGGCGUUAGCACCGGGGGAUACCUUCGGGCCGAGUGUGUGGUAAACUAACUCCAGCGUCUUUUAAAGAGGCGAGCGCUUUCUCUUGCAGGCUUGGCGAUGUAUGACGCGUUGUACAUGUAAAAUAGGUGUAUCAUCGUUACUUGUAUAUGAAAACUUUAUUAUGAAUAUCGGGUCUUCACCGGUUUAUCCAAG